CUUCCCAGUAUCCUGGUUUGUGCAUCAGUCAAUUUCUUGAGCUUAACACUAUCACAGCUCCAGUAAGGAAAGCCUAGUAUUAAAAGAACACAGAAAUAUUACUACUUGUCGACAUGAAACUUAUUUCCAACCAUCUGUUUCUAGUCUUUCUGGCUCUUUUGGCAAUAGCAGUCACCGGGCUUAUAGGCAGCCCCUUACGGUUGAAAAGCAGCCAACAGACCGACAUAGAAAAUCACGGCAAACUGAGCGACCUGCGAAAUAAAAUAAAAGCACGUGAAAGACAUCAUUAUAACGGGCAUGACGACGGAUAUCAUGCACCAGACAAGCACAAUAAUCUUCAAUUGCCAUCAGCUUUCGAAUGGCCAAAACAACAAUACGAAUCUGUCGCAGCCUACAAUCCGUACAAUUCUCAGCCACAAAAACCUUACUCGUCUCUACAUACUCCAAGUUACGACCCGUCAUCCUUCAUUUAUCCUCUAGUGUAUUAUACCGAACCACCUACUCACGCUGCUUAUACGCCGCCAUUUCUCUCAACCCCAGCCUACCCACAAUCACCUUUUUCCCAGCCAUCCACGAUGAUGUCCCCUAUAGCCCUGAAUCAACCACACAGUACCCUCAACUUUACUAUAAAGAUUUCAAAAAAGUGCCAGAAAAUUAUCGAAGACCGGGACACACUAAUUUUAAAAAAGUACCUGGAACCAAUAUUGGUGGUAGUGCAGAGUUUGCGAAUAAUGGCGAAUUUGAAUUUCCCAAAUUUCAGGAUUUUUUCCAGGAUGGUCUAAAUAAGUUUCAAAAUUUUUAAGUCAAACAAAAUCGCAUUUAUAACGUUAUCAUUCAACGAGUGGCAGGGCUAUUCGGACAUACCGAGCAAUUGUAAAUGGCUGAAAUAAGAAUAAACAAUUCAACGAAA